AUCAUCUUCUCUGCAGAUUCAUCACAAACAGAUACUUCUCUUCUUUGAAACCAAAAGUCAUCAAUUUUCUUAUUCUCCACUCAAAACCCAUCCUAUAACCCUUCAAAAAAAAUCAAAUCUUUUCUCUGCAUCUCUUUCUUCUGUCAUAGAAAAUGGGGGUUCCAGUAAUCAAGUUUCCCAUAUUUAUGGUUAUUAGAGUAUUGGGAAUUGUAAUAGGAGCUCUUGUUUUCACAUGGACUUUUCAUUGCAGAGGAGGAUUGGCUCUCAUCUCCGAUAACAAAGAUCUCAUCUUUAAUGUUCAUCCUGUUCUUAUGGUCCUUGGACUAGUGCUCCUGAAUGGAGAAGCCAUGCUGGCAUACAAGACUGUUCCGGGGACGAAAAGCUUCAAAAAAUUAGCUCAUCUUACCAUACAAUGCAUUGCUUUUAUCUUGAGUCUUAUCGGUGUAUGGGCUGCUUUGAAGUUCCACAAUGAUAAGGGCAUCGACAACUUCUACAGUCUGCACUCGUGGUUAGGCCUAGCUUGCCUUUUCUUAUUUGGCAUCCAGUGGGCAGCUGGAUUCGUGACCUUUUGGUACCCAGGCGGGUCAAGAAACAGCAGGGCUGCCUUGUUGCCAUGGCAUGUUUUCUUCGGUAUGUAUGCAUAUGCCAUUGCCAUUGUGACUGCUACAACGGGUAUCUUAGAAAAGCUUACAUUUCUUCAGACUAACCAGGUAAUAUCACGUUACUCCACCGAGGCUUUGCUUGUAAACUCUUUGGGUAUUUUGAUUGUCGCGGUGGGCGGUUUCGUUAUUGUCGCUACACUCACUCCGCUGAACGAAGAAAGCGAUGGGCACAGCUACAAGGGAUUAAUAGUGGAAUAGAGUUUUCCCUGUAAAACCCAAUGAGUGAUGAUGAUGUUCUUUACCUAUGAAACAACUAGAGAAUGAAUUAGUUGAUAAGAGCAGUGCUUCAGAAAUUAAUACAUGUUUUUUUGCUGGGGGACAUGGAAGUUAAAAUUAU